CAUAUGUCAUUUACAUGCAACACCCAAAUUAUUACUGAACAAAUGAUCAAAAGACAGUAGCCUUGACUUCCUGAUCUAAAGCUAGUUUGAGCGACCAUAUAUUGAGUGGUGAAUACACAACUGCCAUUGCCUAUAUAGGAAACAGUGCAGCAAGUCAGUGUUAACCUGGUACAAACAUGUACGUCUUCAUUUCCCUUGUGCUGAUCUAUGCAGGUAAUCGAAUCUCAGCGGAAAUGUUCCAAACUUCAAGAACUGUCAGCAUUUCAAAUCUGACAAAGGUUGACGGGCAGACAGUGUUCAGCUCGGAUUCCCUGUUGUUUGACGUGAAGAGUUGCAAUGAAGUGCAGUUCCUCAUUAACUUCGGUAAAAGUUUGGCAACUAUGGAAAUUUAUCCGAACAUGAGUUCCCAGGUGAAGUACUGUUAUGAUAAAGUCAAUGAUGAUGAUUGUUCUGUGAAGAUGUUUGCUGUAACUGGUGACCUGUGUGCCGGCUAUACACCAUUGUGGAUGCAGUUGGCACCAUUUGAUCUGAUGAUUGGAGAAGGUUGUGACGUUGGAGAAUCCACACAUUUCUAUUACCCUAUGAUCUUUGGUGUCAUUACCAGCGUCGGAGUCUCGUCUACAGAUGAUGCACGGUGGAGACUGGGAGAGUCUGCGUGUCAACCUGUGACCACACCAGCUACCACCACCACCUUAACAACACAUACUGCAACAACGCCUGCGACGACACCCGAAGCACCAGGAUCCUUUGUAAAUGAUGCAAUGAUGAAUGAAACCAUGCCUAAGACUUUGAACAUGGGGCGAUCUGGCGGUGCUGUCUACAACAACUCCCUGACUGUGAUGACCAUGGUUGUUACGUUGAUGUCCUUUUUGAAGUACUAACGAAAUCUACAGCUCGAGCUGGUCCACCUGUAGAUGCAAUCUGUCACGUUUGUUCCAUAAUGAAUUAAAAUCUGC